AUGGUGUCUCUCCUGCAGGUGCGGGCGUGGCGGACGGGGGCGGUGUGGGCGUGGGACCUGGAGAUCCACGAGGCCGCCCUGGAGGACGCCGGAGUGUAUGAGUGUCAGGUCAACACCCGCCCCAAGAUCUCCCAUCCAGUCACUCUCCACGUCCACCUGGGAGGAGCGGUGAUCCCUGGGCCCGGGGAGGUGUACGUGGAGGCUGGGUCCCGUCUCCUGCUCACCUGCUGGGUACAAGCACCUCCCCGCCCUCCUGGACCCAUCGCCUGGCUCCAUAAUCUCGCCCCGGUACAUGCGCACGGCGCCAGUGUAAUUGGUGGUGAAAUUAAGCUGAGUCCAUUGAUCUGCCUUUGA